AUGUUAAUUUUAUUGCGUGGUGGGACCUUACUCAAACGCUGGUGGCGGUUGUUACUUAUUUUACUCGCUCCAUUAAUCCUUCUUCCAUUACCUGUUGUUAUUAAAACCGUUCAAGCAAAAUGUGCAUACAUUGUAAUUCUUCUUACUAUUUAUUGGAUAUCUGAAGUAAUGCCAUAUGCAGUAACUUCCUUACUACCAUUGGUUUUCUUUCCAAUGGGUGGCGUUUUGCCUGGUGACAAAGUCGGUUUAAACUAUUUCAAAGAUAUUACAACAAUGUUUGUCGGUAUUAUGAUUCUGGCUUAUGCUAUGGAACAUGUUCGUUUACAUAGACGAUUAGCCUUAUUAGUACUGAAAUAUGUUGGUGCAUCAGUCACAUGGAGUUUAGCCGGACUGAUGGGAGUAACCGCUUUUCUGAGCAUGUGGAUAAAUAAUUCAGCUUCUGCGAAUAUAAUGAUACCAACUGCAAUAGCCAUUGUCAAUGAACUUAAAAGCUAUGAACAGGCAACCAAACAAGCAGUUGCAACUACUGAAUCCAAAAACGAGUCAUCUACAGAUGAUAAUACAACUGACCAAACAUUCACACUACAAAGUAUCGUUGUAGAAUCAAAUUCUUCUAUAGAAAAUCCAACAUCUGAUCCCAAUCAAUCUAAAGAUUUCUCAAACGACACCGACUACAAACGUCUUGAAACAGGCUUUUUAAUUGCUGUGGUCUUCAGUGCGGCUAUUGGUGGUAUGAUGACAUUGGUAGGAACAGGUCCAAAUAUUUUCGUCAAAGGAUUCAGUGAUCAAUACUAUGCCAGUGGAAAUAUCAGACUGCAAAUUUCUUUUGCUAACUUUCUUCUGUAUGGUUUACCAAUCGGUAUGAUCAUGCUUGUUCUUGGUUGGUUAUGGUUAGAAAUCUUGUAUAAUCGCUCAUCGCUGAAAAGUCUUCAUUUAGUUUAUUCUUCUUCAUUUGAUUUUCUCGAUGAACUUUUGGAACGUUUUCCAAAUUUGAAACAAUUGAAAAUUCAAACAGAGUAUAUCGAAAUAAAUGGAUAUCGAUGGGAGAAGAUCAUUAGAAAUGAUCUAUCAAAAUUGAAAAUCUUUGAAUUAAUGAUGAAAUUUGAUACACCAUCGAAUCUCAACAAAGAAAAUCAAGUUGAUGUAAUUCUUGAAUCAUUCCGCACUUCAUUUUGGCUGAUUGAACAUCAAUGGUUUGUUCGAUGUCAUUAUUAUAAUAAAUCACUUUGUCUUUAUACUUUACCUUGUACUUUCGCGAAAAGUUUUCAAUAUUUGGAUAAACCAUUUCAAUCCACAUGUUCAAAUUCAACUCAAUUGUUGAAAAUUCAUCAUAUUGAUGUGUUAUUUCCAUGUAUUAAUCUAUUUUGGAUGAAUACUUUUGAUAUUUCUCAACUAAGAUCAAUUUCUAUUCAAAUUCCCGAUGAUUUCUCCAUUCAAUCUCAAUUACAAAGUUUAUUUGAUCGUGCAACAAAUCUUUAUUCAUUGAGAUUAUAUUCCAAACAAUUUUCUCGUCAUUUUUUCUUUGAUAAAAUCACAAGUCAAUCAAUUCGUCGUCUUGAUUUACGAUCGAUUUAUCUUUAUGCAAAUGAAAAUAUUUGUCAACAAUUAUGUAAAACAUCUUUAGUAAACCAAUGUGAAGUUUUGUUAAUUCAUGUAGAAAAUCGAUCGGAGAUUCUCUUUCUUAUUAAUCAUAUGAAAAAUCUUCGAGCACUUUAUGUUCAUUCGAAAGAUUCAAUUGAUCAAACAAAUCCAUAUUAUACAUCGAUUUUCAUUGAUGAACUUAUUCUAUGGUUAAAACAACAUUUACCAACAAGUUUUGCAAUUUCACCUGAUGAAUAUUUUCCAUCGUGUGUUCGAAUUUGGAUUUCAUACGUUCAAUUCUUAAACGAAUAA